AACCUAAUUGCUAAAACCAACUCAACAAACUCUUCACUGAUACAGCUUAAUCUUUUAGUUUUCACCAAAACCUCAGAUAAACAAGCAUGGGUUUCGCAAGCUUCACUGAUGAGUACACUUCCCCUAUUGCUCCUUCAAGGCUCUUCAAGGCCUCCAUCCUGGACUCUCACAACUUAAUUCCAAAACUCUUGCCGCAAGGUAUCAAGAGCAUUGAGCAUAUUCAAGGUGAUGGAGGAGCUGGAAGCAUCAAGCAGAUCAACUUCAUUGACGGUCGCACUUUUAAUAGCGUGAAGUACCACAUUGACGAGCUUAGUGAAGACAAGUACACAUACAACUAUACGCUGUUGGAAGGCGAUGCCUUGGUGGAAAAUCUUGAAAAAAUAACUUAUGAGGUCAAGUUUGAGUCCUCUCCUAGUGGCGGUACCAUCUCUAAGGUAACGAGCAAGUAUUACACUAAAGGAGAAUUCAUGCUUAAGGAAGAGGACAUCAAGGCAGGCAAGGAAAAGGUUCUAUCCAUGUACAAAGUUGUUGAAGCCUACCUCAUCCAAAACCCUGAUGCCUAUGUCUAGAGUUUUUGUUUCAUACAAAGACAGGCGGUCUGUUUUGCUAAUUUUCAGCUUAAUUUUUACCUUUUUGUUUGUGGAAUAAGGAGAGUUUGGUUCUGACUUUGGGUCUUAAUCACAUGAACUCCAGUCAUGUUUAAGUUCUGUAUUUGUUCUGUAUUUCGAUGUUUACAUCAUCAAAAUCAAUAAUUACUGCAAAAUGAGUUUCUAA